ACAUUCUUUCCUCGCGGUGUAGCUCUCGGUGUAGAAGCCCAAGUGCAGACACAGGCGUUUGCCCCUUUCACGCUUACCCCGGAAAUUCCGGUGGCCACGCUCGACUAUGGGGCCGAGAGGGGGGGAUAUCCGAUCUUUGACGUUUCGGCUGUCGACCGCCCCACGCAAAUCGAAGUGAAGUACACCGAGCAUUUUGACGGUCUAAAUCAUCCUUUCGGCGAUGGACCGUACAGCUUUUCGAAUCAGCUGGGAAACAGUUUUCGCGUGGAGACGUUCAACAUCACCGCCGCAGGCAAAGUGGUGUCGCCCCUCAUUCAGGGAGGCCAGAAAUGGCAAUCAAUCAGGCUUUUGACCAAUGGGACGAUCUCGUUCUCGAACGUUGGGUUCGAGGCGACAAUUGACACCGUCGAGCCAGAGAAUCUACCCGGGAAAUUCCACAGUGACGAUGAGAAGCUUAAUGAAAUUUGGAAGCUUGGUGCUCGAGCAGCAAUCGCUGCCUGUGUUGACAAGGGAACACAAAAGGCCAUCUGGGAGGUGGACGAGGAGAAUGGAGUUCUCGCAACCAGUGUGAGGCCCUCCUUGACGUGGAAAGGCACGACUUGGACGAACUACACUGUCGAUUUCGAUACAAAGAUCAAGAAGGGUGGCAGCUGGGAGCCAGCGAUCGCAGGUAACGGAUACACACUAAUGCUCACUGGCGAACUUCCAGAGGGAAGCAGAUUUGAAAACGCCAACACGACUCUAACGCCACCAAACACGAUUUCCCUCGCUUACGGACCCGACUUUGUGAACCAAACCACGUUGACCAGCUAUCAUCUGGGUGUCUUCAAGGUUCCCUUCGCCGUGAAGGAGGACACCUGGUACCGCAUCUCGACUUCGAUGUCGCCAAACGGCCACUUGACAGUUUCGGUCAACGACACGCAGGUGCUGAACAUUUCUCGAUCCGAUUACCCAUGGGCGCUUGCAUCUGCAGGCAUGGCUUACGGAGGAUCGCCAGACUUCACCGGCUCCUUCGGAUUCGGCGCAUACCAAGACCAAGCAGCCUACUUUAAAAAUGUGCAUGCCUAUGAUACUGCCAACGGGUCGACGUUGUACUUGAACAGUUUGACCAGUCAGGAAGUGCUGGUCGAAUACGGCACGCGAGCCAACUACGAAAGCAUAUGCAUGGACGGCCCGAAGCGUGACAGACUUGUCUGGCUGGGCGACUUUUACCACACGGCUCGCAUCCUGGCUGUCAGCACGUCACGCACUGAUCAAUCUAGGGGCACUCUGCAAGUUUCGCUGGAUACACAGAUCCAGAACGGCCAGUUGAGCAUUUCGCCUAAUCUAGGAUACGACCUAAAGUCCAUUGCUACUGCACUGGCGCCCUCGGGAAGCUACGGAUUGCAGGAUUACCAGCUCCUCGGUCUCAUGGGAUUCCACGAUCAUGUGCGACUUACAAACGACCUCGAAUGGGCGCGAUCGACUUGGCCGCAGUGGCAGAAAGUAAUCGACUGGCUGCUCCCGCAAAUAAACUCCACAACGGGACUCGUGUCCUUUGAUGGCGGCUUUGCUUUCUCUGGACCGGCGGACGGUGGAUCGGCCGUUUCCUGCGAGGCUGUUCAGAGCUUGGUCGGCGCCGCAGAUGUGGCUGCUGCUCUUAACGACACCGAAUCCGAGAAGAAGUACCGUGAGGUUGCGGCCUCGCUGGCGAGUGCGAUUAACGAAAAGCUGUGGAACGACGACAUUGGCGCCUACGGGUUGUCGCUCGCCUCUUUGGGAGACAUCUCGGUAGCAGGGACUGCUUUUUGCAUUACUUCGGGAGUCGCAUCUGCUAACCAGACAGCGCGAUCCAUCGAGGCGCUGUCACGUUUGAGACUCGGCCCCGGAUACAAGGACACUUCCCUGGUCUCUUCCAAUGACACCAGCGUCAACAUCUCGCCCAACACCAACGGCUUUCUCCUCGCGGCGUUGUUCAUGGGCAACGCCACAAAGACGGGCAAGAAGCUCAUUGACAGCCUCUGGAGCACCAUGCUCCCCGGUACCGAAGCGCAAAACAAGAGCGCUGUCGGCACGAGUUGGGAGUACGUCAACGCCGCUACGUCGGAGCCUGGCUUGGGCUUGUUCACCAGCUUGAGCCAUCCUUGGGGUGGAGCAGCUACGUACGUAUUGACGGAGUGGGCUGCAGGUAUCCAACCUGCUGCUGGAACCGGUGGUUUUGGUUAUAAGAACUGGGUCAUUGCGCCUGCAGCUGGAGUUGAGAUGGGGUUGAAGACGGCGAGCGCUACAGUUGUCACAGCCUUUGACGGCAGCUUGAGUGCUGAGUGGAAGAUUGAGGGCAAUGACCUGUUUGUCACGAUUAAGGCACCUACAGCUACCCAGGGCAAGUUCGUUUAUGGCGAGAAGAGCAUCGAGCUGAAGGGCCGCGAGGUGUAUGAGUUCCAUGUCGAUUCUUCAUUAGAAGCCGGCAUAAUUUAG